AUGACAUUUGAUCUCGAACGCUGCGCACAACAACGAGCCAACCUUUCUAAUCUUAUCGGCUACCUACAAACGAUUGUUCAUGAUGCACAACCGCCACAGGAACCACUCAACAUGGCUGAAUUCAUAGACGUUGAUCUCGAGUCGUUGUCUAUGUGGAACCAAGCUCUUGAUUUAUUGAAACAAAUCGCUCGUGAUAAGUCAACAUCAAACGCUGAUUUAGCCCGCGCACGCGUCGUGCUACAACAAGGACAACUUGUAUCCGAGGCAAACUAUUUGGAUCCCACACCAUCAUCCUCAUCGCCACCAACAGAUGAAAAGGAGGUGUCGGAGGCUUCUGUUUCAUCAUCAACGAGCGUACAUCAUUCAUCAGCUAUCGAGUUGCAGCAUACGGAUGAAGGUGGGAUGGUACCAUUUUUCAAAUCUGCAGCCGUUGUGUCACCACCUUUAGAAAAGCACGAUAUGGAAAUCAACCUUUGGGGUGGCGAAUCAUGUAUGCAUCACAUUUUACGUGUGGCCAACUCUGUGAGCCAGGGAGAUCUCGCUGACAGGGUUCCAUGUGCUUGUCACCAUCCUGCUUGUGAUGCUAUCAAUGCCAUGACACAGCAUCUUCAACUUGUGACCAGCCAUUUGACACUUGCGAUAAGCACAACAUCCAUGGGUAUUCUCGAUGACAACAAUGAACAACAACAACAACAGCAAAGCAAAAAGAAGCAUUGGGAUGGUGUAUGGAAAGAAAUUUUUGACACAAUGAAGGAGACAUCAUCAAAAUCACAGCAGCAGCUUGAGCAAAUUGAGCACAUCAUAGGCAAAGUGGCUGAUGGUGACAUGCAUGUGUGUCUAAAUUUGGAUGCACAUACCAAACCAUUGGUGUCGUUGGAGCACACAAUGAAUGAAAUGGUGACGCGGCUUGACUUGUAUACAUCCGAGGUCUUGCACAACAUUGACCAUUUUGGGAAACAAGACGACCCUACAAAUGCUAUGGCCACAUCAAUCAGCCCACAACCAUCGUCAUCAUUGUCGUCCCAGUUGUCAUCAUUAUCCAGCUCUACAAAACAACCUACAGGGGUUUGGUCAACGCUCUUGAAUAAUACGCGUGGCAUGAUUAAAGCGUUGACGGUCGAUUUACAUGACAUCGUGCAUGUUUGCAAAGCCGUGAGCCAAGGUGAUUUAACAAAGAGGGUCACCGUUGAGGUCAAUACGGAGCUUCAGGAGAUCAAAGAGACAAUCAAUUCCAUGGUGGAUCAGCUCUUUGAAUUUACUACUCAAGUCACACAGAUGACGCUUGAUGUUGGUGUACAUGGCAAGCUGGGAGGACAAGCACAUGUACAAAGUGCCCAAGGUGCAUGGAAGGAACUCACUGAAAACAUCAAUCACAUGGCAAGCAACUUGACACUUCAAGUCCGUGACAUUUCCACUGUGUGUAAAGCUGUAGCCAAAGGUGACCUUUCAACCAAGAUCACGGCACAAGUUGACGGCGAGCUCUUGGAUCUAAAAUGGACGAUCAACAACAUGGUGGAGAAUUUGAGUACGCUCGCUUCUGGUUUGAGCAAGGUGGCUCUUGAAGUUGGCGUGGAAGGAAAACUUGGUGGAGAAGCCAUGCUGCCAAAUGACCUCGGUGGUGUGUGGUGCGAUCUCACAUCCAACAUCAAUACCAUGAUUACCAAGAUCACAGCUCAAGUUCGUGACAUUUCGGAUGUAUCCAAGGCCAUCGCUCGUGGCAACCUGAUGAAAAAGAUCACUGUUGAAGCGUAUGGGGAAAUCCAUGAUCUUAAGGAAACCAUCAAUUUCAUGAUCGAUCAGCUGCGUAUUUUUGGGACCGAGGUGACACGAGUUGCACUUGAAGUUGGCACCCAUGGCAAGCUUGGUGGUCAAGCCGUGGUUGAAAAUGCCGAUGGCAUCUGGAAAGAUUUGACCGACAAGGUGAACGUGAUGGCAGCCAAUUUGACAUCUCAAGUGCGUUCCAUUGCAGCUGUUACGGUAGCCAUAGCCGAUGGAGACUUUUCAAAAAAGAUUACGGUGGAUGUCAAUGGUGAGCUACAAGAUCUCAAAAUGGCAAUCAACAAAAUGGUGGAUCAGCUUCGCACAUUUGUAUCUGAGGUGACACGUGUGGCACGUGAAGUGGGCACAGAUGGCAAACUUGGUGGACAAGCAAUGGUGGAGAAUGCAAGAGGCACAUGGAAGGAUUUGAUUGAACGUGUAAAUGUCAUGGCAGCCAACCUUACUACACAAGUCCGAUGCAUUGCCGAAGUAACCACGGCCGUGGCCAAUGGUGAUCUUAGCAAACAAAUCAACGUACCUGUACAUGGUGAAAUCCUCGAUCUCAAGAUCACCUUCAACAGCAUGGUCGAAAAGCUUAGGAUGUUUGCUACCGAAGUCACUCGCGUUGCCAAGGAAGUUGGUACUGAAGGAAACCUUGGUGGCCAAGCUGUUGUUCAAGGUAUCGGUGGUACAUGGAAAGAUCUCACAGACAGCGUCAAUGCAAUGGCUGCCAAUAUCACUGCCCAAGUUCGUGAUAUUGUCAUGGUAUCCAAGGCUGUUGCCAAAGGAGAUCUUAGCAAAACUAUCACUGUCGAGGUCAAAGGCGAGAUACUGGACUUGAAAAUCACCAUCAAUACUAUGGUACAACAAUUAUCCAUAUUUGCCAAUGAGGUCUCGCGUGUAGCACUUGAAGUUGGCACUGAAGGAAAAUUGGGCGGCCAAGCGGUGGUCAAGGAUGUGGAUGGCACCUGGAAAGACCUUACCGACAAUGUCAACAUGAUGGCAGGCAACUUAACCACUCAAGUACGAUCCAUUGUUGCUGUCACGAAGGCUGUUGCUCGUGGUGAUCUUUCUCGCAAAAUCGAUGUUGAUGUCAAGGGCGAAAUUUUGGAUCUCAAGGAAACGGUCAAUUCCAUGGUGGAUCAAUUGCGUACUUUUGCUGCUGAAGUGACUCGUGUGGCACGUGAAGUUGGCACAGAAGGCAAGCUCGGUGGCCAAGCUGUCGUUAAGGAUGUGGAUGGCACGUGGAAGGACCUCACGGAUAAUGUCAACAUGAUGGCCAGCAAUCUUACCAACCAAGUACGCGACAUUGCAUGUGUAUGUAAAGCUGUUGCAUGUGGUGAGCUCUCCAAAAAGGUGGUGGUAUCAGUUGAAGGCGAAAUACUGGAGCUCAAGGUGACAAUCAACUCCAUGGUGGAUCGGCUACGUUUAUUUGCAUCCGAAGUAACACGCGUGUGCAAGGAAGUUGGUACAGAGGGCAAGUUGGGAUCCAAAGCAGAAGUCCAAGAUGUGUCUGGUGUAUGGAAACACAUCAUAUCGGACGUGAAUAUUAUGGCAUCCAAUCUCACCACCCAAGUACGUGCCUUUGCACAAAUCACCGAAGCGGCAACAAGGGAUGAUUUUAGUCAAGUGAUUACGGUUGAAGCAUCGGGUGAACUUGACACGCUGAAGACCAAGAUCAACCAAAUGGUGUUAUCAUUGCGGGAUGCUAUGCAAAAGAAUACGUUGGCAAGGGAGGCAGCCGAAUCAGCCAACAAAAGCAAGAGCGAGUUCCUUGCCAACAUGAGUCAUGAGAUUCGAACACCCAUGAAUGGGAUCAUUGGUAUGACCACGCUUACGCUUGAGGAGACCGAUUUGAACAGAGCGCAACGUGAAAACCUUAUGAUUGUCAAGUCCUUGGCUCUCAGCUUACUCACCAUCAUUGAUGACAUUUUGGAUAUCUCUAAAAUCGAAGCGGGUCGACUCAACAUUGAGCGCAUUCCAUUCUCAUUGCGCAGCACUACCCUUGGUGUAUUUCGAACGAUGGCAUACAAAGGCGACAACAAGCUUGAAUUGAUUUAUGAAAUGCAAAGAACAACACCUGAUUGGUUGAUGGGUGAUCCAAUGCGAUUAAAACAAGUGCUCACCAAUCUGCUUGGCAAUGCCGUCAAGUUUACCGAAGAAGGUCAUGUCAAACUUACGGUGAUUACAGAAGAAGAAGUUGCUUCAUACAACAAAAGGUGCAUCAAGUUUUGCGUGAGCGACACGGGCAUUGGGAUAUCUUCAGACCGAUUCAACGACAUCUUUGAUACUUUUUGCCAGGUGGAUGGCAGCACCACGCGUAAAUAUGGAGGAACGGGACUUGGGUUAUCGAUCAGCAAGCGAUUGGUUGAAUUGAUGGGUGGCGAGCUGUGGGUGAAUUCGAUCCUUGGUCAAGGCUCACAAUUCUACUUUCGGCUUCCGAUUGAGCUUGGUGAUAUGGAUACAGCACAUGCAAUGGCAUCAUCCACUGUGAGACCUCCUCUUUCUCAGCGUCUAUUGUGUGCGUACCAUGAGAACGACAUGUCUGCCGAUACCUUUAGCGAAUUGAUUGAGCAACAAUGCCGCCGCUUGGAAACGCUGGAAGUGGUAUUUGCUGAAUACAAAGAAGAUACACAAGCAUUGCAUUUGGUGCGUGAUGGAUCACCUCUUUCUUUGAAUAAGCUCACGUUCAAUGCUUUGGUUGUGAACAAUAUGGAUAUGGUGCGCCGCCUACGUGAUUUACCUGAUACACAGCACAUGCCUGCCACGGUGGUUUCAAGUGAACUCGAACACCUAGAUGUCAAGGAAAGCAUAUCCAUCGGCAUGACCAGCUACAUCAAUGACGCAUCCGACCUUCAUAGCUUUGCGUGUGCUUUGCAAGUCACCCUCGAGAACAACAUGGCAUCAUCGAAUAAUCCACAGAUACAACAGGCUCUUUCAGUAUUGUUGGUUGAAGACAACAUCGUCAAUCAGCUGCUGGCUGUCAAGUUGCUUGAGAAAAUGGGUCACAAGGUCACGGUUGCACAAAAUGGACAAGAGGCUGUGGCUAUUUAUGAAGAAAAGUCGAUUGAUGUUAUCUUGAUGGAUAUUCAGAUGCCAGUGAUGGGUGGAUUCGAAGCAACAGCAUUGAUACGCAAGUAUGAAAAGGAGCAUGAAAUCCCUCGUGUACCAAUUAUUGCCCUUACUGCACAUGCCAUGAUUGGAGAUCGAGAAAAAUGCUUGUCAAAUGACAUGGAUGAGUAUGUCAGCAAGCCAUUACGCAUGCCUGAACUAGCUGCUGCAAUCAACAGAUUCAUGCCUCAACCACAACACUAG